CCCAGUUAACAGUACAUGGCACAGGGAUGUGAUGGGUGCAUUUUUAGAUAAGCCUAUAACAGACAAGACCAGUGGUCAGGGGUCGGGUAAUGGUCUCAGAUAUGGACACAGUUCCAUGCAGGGUUGGAGAAUGACGAUGGAAGAUGCCCACACCACAGUCCCUAACGUGCCCGGACUUGAUUCCUCUUCCUUUUUCGGUGUCUACGACGGACAUUGUGGGCAUACCAUCGCCAAGUACUCCUCCGAGAACCUGUUGAACGAAUUUUUAAAACACUCCGACCUUGCAGAGGUUGUUAACUCAGAUAACAAUGACAAAGUAGACCCUGCUGUAUUAUCAAAAGUUAUGGAGGAGGGGUUUGUCAUAUUGGACGAUUAUAUGAGAACUAUUCCACCGUGGAAAAACGGCGAAGAUCAAAGCGGGACGACGGCGGUUUGUGCGUUUAUUACCAAAACUGACAUUAUCUGUGCAAACUGUGGUGAUUCCCGGGCCAUAUUCAGUCGUUCAGGUGAUCUUAAAUUAGUUACCAGGGAUCACAAGCCGUACAACGACGACGAGCGUCGCAGGAUUGAAAAGGCGGGAGGUUCAGUGAUGAUGCAACGAGUAAAUGGUUCUCUGGCAGUCUCUCGUGCUCUCGGAGAUUACGAGUAUAAAUCAACCCAAAACAUGCCCUCAAUAGAGCAACAAGUGUCCCCGCAACCCGAGAUUUUUAAUUGCGAAAGGGACUAUGAUAAUGACGAGUUUCUAGUCAUAGCUUGUGAUGGUAUUUGGGAUGUCAUGUCUAAUCAGCAAGUUCUUGAGUUUGUUCAUAAAGAGUUGACGAUAAGGGAAGAUCGAGGUCAAAUUUGCGAUAAUCUUAUUGAAGAGUGCUUCCAACGGGGAAGUCGAGAUAACAUGAGCGUAGUGUUGGUAACUUUCCCCGCGGCUCCCACAGUCAACGAAGAGGCAGUUCUCAAAGAUCAGGAGGAGAAGAAGCGUAUAGCUGUUCUUACGGAACGCAUACAAGAAAAAGUUGGCUCCAUGUAUACUGAGAGCAGCAUGGUGACUGUGGCACAAGCACUGGCCUCAGUUGAAAGUAUGUUGGAGGUCGAAGAAGAUUCCAGUUAUCUUAGGUUGCCAAAGCCCUUUAAGAGCCACAAGAUUUUGUGUGUGAGGCGAAUAGUCGAGACGAAACUGACGGAGCUCCGAGAAAAAGAUAAUAACGGCCCCGGAUCGGAAGGUGAUACGUAGACGGAACAAUAACGAAGAUCCGGCCACGUGACCAAAGUGCAAUUAUACUAUGGAGAGGAAGCACCGGAGGAACCCAGUGAGGAACCCUCUGACACGUGAAUCUUGAAGUGACGUCGUUCUCCCACGCGUGACGUCAUUCUCCCUCACGUGACGUCAUUAUCCCCAUACGACACCAUAUUCCCUCAUGUGACGUCACAGUCACCCCCUGACCCCCUGAACUCACAAUGUGAAUUUCUCAACCUCCCUUUGUGACGUCAUACUUCCUCACAUGACGUCAUUGUACUCACGUGCGAAACAUUGGCCUGGUUUAAUCCGGGUACAUGGACGCUGGACUCGAACAAUCAAGAACUAUUGAUGGCAGUUUGGAAUCAAGUGUUUUUUAUAUUACAAUAUUUUUAAUUUUCGGCUGUUACAUUUGGAGAUAUAGUACUAAUACUUUGCGUUAUACGGUUCAAUACCGAUAGCCCGGGUUCUUUGUAGCUUUUAGUUCUUAUAUGUCCAAAACUUCUUCAAAUCAUUUCCAAGAACAAACUACAGAAAGGAGGGUUGUUAUUCACACCCCUAUUAUUGGGCUACAGGUCCCCAUGGUCAACUAAUAGUUAGUUACUUUCAGUUUUUGUUAAAUCUGAACAUUGAAAUCUCAAUUGAAUUUGUUUAUCACACAUGAAAAAUUUUGAAUAGUUACGCCAACUUUUGAUCCAACAUUUCUUGUUGACAUAUAGUUUCAUGAUAACAGUCCUCGUUGAAGUAAGUCACUAUUUUGCUAGUCAGUUGAACUUGGAAGCGGAUGUUGGAAGCUGCGUAACGAUUGAUUGAUGACUGUUUUUAGUUUUAAAUCACGCGUAAAUGAUUUUUGAUUAAGUAUGUCGUAUGUUGAUCUGAAAUUUAGGCUAAAUAGAAAAACAGUGGUCACUGGGUUUUUCCUUAUAUUGGAGUUAGUACUUACUUGAAGAUUAAUAUCUUGGACCCAUAUUUUAAAAUUGAUUUUUGAGUACUGAAAUAUACUUAAAUGUUUGGUAACAGGAAUUGGUAUUAUAUGGAA